AUGUCGAGUCUAAAGAAACGGUUCGAAGACGGAGAGUUCGAGCAUUUUAUCCUUGUUGAAGAUUCGGGCUAUCCAAAUACCACCUUUCUUGCAACACCAUUUCUUAAUGUCACAAACGCAGUAGAAAACUUGUAUAACGAAUCACAAAUUCGCACUCGCAAUUGUGUCGAACGUUCAUAUGGCGUUUGGAAAAGGCGGUUUCCAGUUUUAGCAACUGGAUUGAGGUGUAGGCUUGACACUGUUCAAUCAGUAAUAGUGGCUUGUGCCGUUCUCCAUAACAUUGCCAUCGACCAAAACGAAUCGCAACCGCCACCGGAGAUGUAUGAUUUUGCUAAUAUACUGGCCGCUACAGAUGUUCCUUCAGAUACGCUUUUGGGAUCAGCUUCCGCAACUACUCAUAACGUUCGCGCUCGAUUGAUGCGUUCAUAUUUUCAGCCAAUGUUAGAUAGCUAA